UUGGAGAAGUUUAGAAUUGAAAAGAGAAACUGAGAGCACACGGUUUCUGAAGAGGAUUCCCAAUUUCAACGUGUGCGUUUGUUGUCUGAGAAGGAAUGAGUCCAACCCAACCCCGUCUCUUUCUUCAAUCUUCUCCUUCUUUCUUCUCUCUCCAAUAUUCCACUUCCUGGUUGAAAUUUGCUAUUUGUUCUGAUUGAGAUAGUAUGACCGAGAACUAUGGCCAUACUAGUGCAAGUGGCAAUGCGAGCUCUCACUCAAGCUCUAGUUUGAAUAGCAGCUUGCAAGACACAGAGGAUGACCAAACCAUUGCUAGAAUCUUAGCAGAAGAAGAAAGUUUGAAAAAUGGAAACAAGCUUGGGAAGAGACUUUCUCAUUUGAAUUCUAUUCCGCACACUCCACGAGUUAAUGGGGAAAUACCUGAUGUGAAUGAUGCAACAUUAGAUCAUGAGCGGCUAGCUGAAAGGUUGGCCACAUAUGAUUUAGCUGAAUUGCAAAUUGAGGGAGAUGGCAAUUGUCAGUUUCGGGCCCUGGCAGAUCAGUUGUUUCGCAAUCCAGAUUACCACAAGCAUGUAAGGAAAAAGGUUGUCAAGCAGAUUGAUGGAGACUCACCAGCUUAUACAUCUGUUUAUGUAUUUUUAAACAUUCUAUGCCACUGCAAAUAUUUCAUGAAAGGGAAGUAUUUUUUGGUUAGGAUUUGUUCUGAUCAUUGUCUUAUGUUUUGGCUCCAGUUGAAGCAUUUCAGAAAAUUAUAUGAAAGUUAUGUUCCAAUGAAGUACAGAAGCUACCUGAAGCAGAUGAAAAAAUCAGGAGAAUGGGGAGAUCAUCUUACUCUACAAGCUGCUGCUGACCGAUUUGGGGCCAAAAUCUGUUUAAUCACAUCUUUUCGAGAUACUUGCUUCAUUGAGAUCAAUCCCCGAGACGGAAAUCCUACCAGAGAGCUUUGGUUGAGCUUCUGGAGUGAAGUACACUAUAAUUCAUUGUAUGCAAGUGGAGACGUUCCUUCUAGAGCACCGAGAAAAAGGCACUGGCUUUUUUAGAGUUAUCACCUGCUCAAGAUCAUUUAUUUUCUGUACCUAUUCCAUCUCCAUGCUAGAAACUCAGUUAUUGUUUAACAUGACUUCCAGAUUCGAUCUCUUUUCAAUACUUUAAUUGAAAUUUACUUGUCAGAAAUUUGUAUAUGAAUGACGUGUGAUAAUUAUAUGCACCCUUUGCUUAUCGUUCUA